GAAAGAGACAAUGAUAGUUGUUAAACAGAAUUUAUAAAUAAAUUCUCAAUUGUUGGCUGAUUUGCUCUAUGCGUAUGCUCAUACAUUCACAGUUAGUCGCCAGACAUCGUCAUUGUGUAGUGUGUUAAAGUACCAACGGCCUCGUUACGGAAAGUAGUGACGCAUACCUACAAAUAAUUUUCUUCAAUAUUAUUUGAUUUUCUCAAGAAUUUGUUGGGUGAACAAAAUUGCAUUAUUUUAAAGAAAUAAUAAACAAAAUGAAUACAUUUACGUUGGAGCGUAAUAAUAAUCGGCGUAAAUUGAUAAUGCUGGUGAAACAGCAUCCGAUAUUGUGGAAUAAAACCCAAGAAAACUAUAAUAGAAAUCGACCACAGAAAAUACUGGCCUGGCAUCAAAUUUCUGAACAGCUGGACAUAUCGGUUGAUAAACUUCGUCGCACUUGGGAAAAUUUACGUGACCAAUAUAGACGUGAUUUAAAGCGUGAAGUUCGCUAUGGCUUUAAAUCGAAAUGGCGUUUUUUCUCGGACAUGGAUUUUAUACGGGCCAUGGUUUCUUGUAAAGAACAUGAAUUUAAAGACAAUGAAUUUACCGACUCGGAUUCAGAGCUAGAUGUUACCGAUAAUCAACAAAACCAAACACAAUGCAGUCCCAUCAGCACUACAUUAGUGGCACAUACUACCCAAACCAUAACUAUGCCUGGUAGUUCCACCAUAUCACCUAAUGCUACCACCUGUGCUACAAAUAUGUUGCCCUUCCAACCCAUAGUUUUAAGCAAACAAUGGCAACCACCAGCAGAGGACAUACCUCAAGUAUAUAAUCCUCCUCCAGCAACAAGCUAUACUCCAACACUAAACCUCCUUGCACCCAUGGCACACUUAAAUUACCAGGCCAACUGUGACUCCUCUAAAGACUACUCACAGCUUAAUAACCACAACAUAACCUAUGAAGAUAUAGCCAAACAAGAACCCGAUCUAGAUCUGGAUCUCGAUAAUAAUCCAGUAACCGUGGAAAUUCAAGAGACUACUCCACAAAAUACUCCCCAAAAAUCCACCGAUACUCAUAAUGCUAGAGAAUCUCAAGAGCCCUGUGUUUCCACCUCAUGCCAAAAACGAGCACGCUUGUCCAUCGAAGAAAUGUCGGAUACUGCGACCUCGACACCCACACGUUCUCAAAUAAAAACUGAACCAACAGAUCUUAAUGCCAAAGAUGAUGAUUACUAUUUUGUAAUGAGUCUAUUGCCCUCGCUAAGGCAGAUUCCUAGGAAUCGCAAGUUUCCCUUGCGGAUUGGUAUAAUGAGUCUGAUUGCCAAGGAUUUGGAAGAAGUGUGCAAGGAGUAGAAACAAAAUGA